AUGUAUUUUACAGGAAAAGAAGAAGAUUCUUCCACUAUUUGGCAAGGACUGAGAGCUUCAUAUUGUGAUACUGGUGAUUCUAUGAGCAAGAAUGGCAGUUCAGAUGAUGUUGAUACAGCUCAUGUGCCAAUAGAUAAAUGUCGCCACCAUGGUAUCUUCAGAAGGGGAAGUUUUGUUCAUCACACGUCACAUACUUGGAGGUCUACUGUGCCUAAAAGCACGUAUCAUAGUCUCAAAACCAAAUUCAAGUUUCCUUUUCAUGAAUUGGCUCUUUCAAAGGAGAAAGCUUUGUCCAACGAUGUGGUACACCAAUCAGCAUCGAAAGGUAUUACUGUCAAGCUUUUAACUUCGAUAAGCAGUGAAGAAAUACCUGCUUACAGACAUACUUCUGUUGCUAAUUCUAUUUUGGAGGUGACUAAGGAGGUCGAUAUGAUGACAGCUUUGUCAACAACGUCGAGAAAGAGAGGUGCGACCCCAGAACUUGAGUGUAGAGGAGAGCAAACUAUUGAAUCUAGUAUCCAGUUUAAGAAAAGGAAAAGGGCUAUGAUUAAGUCAUGGUUCAGAUGGAAACCCCAAAGUACUGAGCAUAAAACGGCCCUUGGUGAACGAAGCACUAAUUUGACAUACACACCAUUCUUCCACCUCAGUUGUGAUGCCGAUAGUAACACCAAUGAUGACCUUUUGGACGGCACAACUGAAACGUGUUGUCCACAUAUCAACUAUAACAAUGCAACCACCAGGAUCUCGGUGCCAACAGCAAUUUCCUCCAGGGAGUAUGAUGAGUUUACAAGAAUCGAAUAUCCACAGGUGAAUACCUGGAGCUUUGAGCGUCUUCAAGAACUUCAAAAGGUUAUGUAUGAAUUCCCAAAGUUGUCGUUUUCUAGUGAAAUAAACCUGGACAAUGAUAUCAGUAACUUGGAAGAGGAGGCUGGACAAUCUACAAAUACCAGUGGAUCGUCUAUUGAUCUCAACAUUGAGUGUGAUCCAUAUGAUACCUUCGUAAAGAGUGGACCUCAGCAACAAAACAUUGGUGGUAAGGUUCUUAAAGGGAAUCAUCAAGCUGUUGGAGUGGAUACUGAGGUAGAUAAGAAUGUGCAUGACAGUUGUUCUCGAGAUAUUCCCAACUACCACAUUACUAAGGGCUCAGAACAAGUUGUUCAGUCAUCCUCACACAUAUGUAAUAAUCUUGCUCCUACGAUGCUUUGGGAAACUCAUAACCAGCCUAUGGAUAACCAAAUGUUUUAUGAAGAGUUGAAAGAACCGAUAUACAGUCACGAUGAAUAUUGUCAGCAACCGCAUGUCUGCAAAAUUGAUGAAACAGGUAAGCCUCCUGAAAGUGAUAGCAACACCAGCGUGGGUUCUGUUAACAGCUAUGAACCUGUUACAAUAUUAGUCCCCACAAUAAGAGAGGAUAGGUACAUGAUAUCUGGCUUGAAAACCAGUAUACUUGAAGGAGAAAGGAUCAAAAGUAUCUAUCACCCUCACGACGAUUGUCUCUCCGAUGAUGAGAACAAACCGUACAAUAUUCAGGACCCAAGAUUCUUUGGAGUCGAGCUACAGGACAAGUCUGGAAGCAAAAUCUUGCAGGAACCGCAAAGGUUGUAUUCGAGAAUUAAAUUUGAUGACUUUUCAGAGGUUGUAUUUUACAAUGGUUCCGGAACUUUGAGGCAAACCACUGAAGAAAGUCCAGUUAAGUUAGCGCUGCAGACUUUGAGAAGCUCAAUGGCUUUCAAUCAUCAUCAUGAACCAUCCAAGUCUGUGCUCCCGAAAGAACACGCAGAUAACAAGUUGGGCAGUCCAGAGUAUGUUGUUCAUGAGCCUUUCAACGUAAUCGGAGAACCUUCUACAUUUAACAAGUCCAACUUGUCCAUGUCCUCUUUGAAGACACAUCCAAAGUCAAUUUUGAAAUCCAAAGUGAACGAGCGUUGCCGGGAUGAGUCCAUCAAACUGAGCGAGUGCGACUCCAUCAACGUGGUUGAGUUCAUGAAGGUCUUCAAUGAAAGAGAACAAGUCAGAAUGGAUGCACUUGACGAUUUAGGAGAUCAAAGAGAGAGACAGGUUAUGCUCUACUAUCAGAAUGUUACCAAGUGA